AUGUCAGAUCAACUUCUAUCGUUGCUUCUUUCGGUGUUCCUUUUAUAUGGUUAUGCCCACAGUAAUACUGCAAUAUUUAACCCAUGUCGAGGGCAAAAAUUCACAACCCCGGAGGAGCAAAGAGCAUUCCUUGACAACUGGCUAAAGAACUUGGAAGGCAGAGAUCUGGAUCGGACUUUUAAGUGCUAUGCCACUUGCAUGCUGUUCGAUAUGAAUAUCAUGGAUGGUUCGGGGGAGCUGCAUAUGGAGAAGUACCUGGAAACGGAGGCCCAGGAGAAGUCGUGGCUCAAAAGCGUGGCCAACUGUCGCUACGUGUUCGCCGAUGAAAUGGAUAUUUGUGAAUAUGGUUUCGGUAUGGCCAACUGUCUAAUAUCGCUGAGAGCAGCGACCACUUGGGAAUGAUUAUGAUUAAAAAAUAAAGCUUUUGCCC